AUGAACAUGAUCCUGAUUCCUUCAUUGCAGGGGCGGGGGAGUAAAAACACUCUCCGGGGCGACGUCAGCUUGGCCGAUGCUACCAUCAAGCUCGCAGACGACAGCACCAUUCCCAUUCACAAAACAAUCCUUGUCAGUCAGUGCCCCUUUUUCCGAGGUCUAUGGCUAGGCGGUAGCUGGAAGGAAAGUGGAGACAAAAUCAUCUACCUAAAGGAAGACGACCCCAACGCCAUGAUGGCUAUGAUCAAGUUUCUCUACAGAAGAGAGUACUUUCCCGCCAAAGACGCACGCGACAGUCCCCUCGAAUUUCUCGCCUGCGUCUACGAAGUUGCCGAUAAGUACCUCGUCCACCAACUCAAAAAAGACUGUCUCACACACAUUAAGUCAAUUCUGAAAGAGACUCGGAACUGGAACGCAGACGAAUUUCUCCGUGUUAUCCCAUUUGUCUACCAAAGCACCCCCCAGACAGACCGUGGACUCCGGGACCUCAUGGUCCAUGCAGCUUCUGAUCAUAUUGAAGAUCUUACCAAGAACGAGGCCUACCACAAGCUCGAUACCUUCGAGUUCACCAAAGAUGUGAUCUUGAAAAUUGGCGGAUAUCACCAUGCCAAAGUGUGCGUGGACUGUGGGCUGUUCUUAAGAAAGGAUAUCCAAGUCAAUACUUGCCAUCAAUGCGGUGGAGAACUGUAUCUUAUUGAAGUCCACAAAGCAUAG